UCAAGAUACAAAGAGCAACUUUCACUGACUUAUUCCCCCGUUUUUGUGGAACUGACUCGUAACUCUGUGGCAAUGCAGCUGAAUCUGUUCGCACUGUCUCUUUGCCUCCUUGGCGCAGUUUUAUGUGGAGCCCAGAGCACAACCCCACCACCACCUAUCACAACCGCCGCCUCCACAACUACUCAAUCCACCAGUACCACACCGUCUCCAUCCACCAGUACCACACCUGCUCCAACCACCGCUUCCACAACUGCUCCAUCCACCGCUUCCACAACUGCUCCAUCCACCGCUUCCACAACUGUUACAUCCACCACUGCUCCAGCUACACAAACAGGCAGCACUGCUUCAGGAACUUCUACAGCAGGUGCAGGUGAGGGAGCAGGUCCAUCAGGAGGGCUUUCACCUGGCGCUAUAGCUGGUAUUACCAUCGGCUCAAUCGCUGGGGUGGCUGCACUUGGUGGUGGUAUCUUUGGUGUGCUGAAGUACACUGGGAGGCUCUGAGACCAGCUGUUUAUGAGCUAAAAUAUUUACCACCCAAAGCUCAAACAGAGUAAUUACUGACCAUUGUCUGAAAGGCCCAAUAAAACAAAAUGUCUCUAAGACAGAAAAUGAUGUAAUGGGCCAAGAGGAAGACAUCAAAUUAAAUUUAUUAUGUUAUUUUGAUUGUCUGUUGUCUUUAGAUGAGGAGGUAAUUCUUAGCUGAUCAAUAAACUUUCUAUUGUGGUGGAAAAUGUAUUUCAUUAAUGAUUGUGUUGUGUUUCUUUUUUUUUUUAUUUUAAUUUUUUACAAUGGCAGAUCAUAGUGUCUGAAGCAUGUGCAGGAACCUGAAAAUUCAAAUAAUUUAAAUACUUACGUUGCACUC